AUGGAUCCUCCUAUCAAGAAGAGGGCUCAGAAUGCGGAAGAGAAGAAGUAUUUGAAACAAAGAAUAGCCAGUGAUGCGGGAUCCAUCACUGACUAUUUCUUUCCCCUCCGCUAUCCCAUCAAGCUGCUCGGAGACAUAAUGGCAGCCAUUUUCCGCCUCGCCAGCCCCUACACGCCUAAUCUUAUCCCCCUUGCCGUAUUUCUGCUGUCAAUACCUAUAAUCAUAUUUCUCUCGUUCUCUGCUGGUUGGCUCGUGUGGAGGAGCGUUGCGAUAGCUUGGGAAGUCGAUCUUCCUUUGCAGUUUGGAGAUGGGUUUUCUCCGUAUGCGGAGGUCGCUUUGCCGAACAUCAUUACGAGACAACCCUAUGACAUAUCUGUGCAUCUGGUAGUUCCCGCUACGGAGCCAAAUUUCAACCUUGGGAAUUUUAUGACAACCUUGACGCUAGCUACAUCUUCCAAUAGGACCUUAGCACACAUUCGAAAGCCCUCUAUCAUUAUGCCGCGGCCGUCUGUGCCUUGGUCCUUCUUGUCCAAUUGGCCAGGCACUGUCGAUCUCAACAUACCCCUGCUAUCAUCGUUCGCCUUUGAUGUCACUCGUGCUACUGCAAAAGUCGAAUUCGGACGUAGAGACCAUUGGAGGAGUUUAGGCAAUGGAGCUUUCCUUUUUAUCUCCUUCGUUAUACUUGCCUCAUGCCUCCUUCCUGCACUCGAACUCCGCUUUAACAGUGACCCCCAUUUGCAUGAUUCUCCGCCGCGUAUGCGUAGGCGGCCCCGUCGUCGUCCUAGUACAAGCACGUUAGAGACUGAUGAAGUUCGUGCCCGAAAGGCAAGGGCUCACAAACGAAGUAGGAGUGCUAGUGCAGCCCAACAGCGCAUGAAUGUUGACGAUAAGCCGCCGCUGAAUAUUCAGCCGAAGUUGGAACCUGAGUAUGACCUCGAUCCGCUGGAUCCGGAGUUCGAUAUAUCUCUAGGUCUCUACACGGACUCACAAACUGAUAUAAAACUGGAUGAACAGUUCGAGCUCGAGCGUAGUUCAGGAGAGGAUUACGCAUACCCUCUUCCACUUGCUGGGCCGUCGGAUUCACACGAGUUUGAACCAGAGUUUCCGUUACGCCGCCGACGUUCGUUUCGGAGACGGUCUUUGACGAAUCCCAGAGAUGACUUUGAUGCAUGA